CUUAAACCAGACCUGCGUCAUAGGCCGCUGUCUGACGUCUUUCCCCCCUUUCUGGCUUCUGCAACCCCCAUCAUCCCUCUUCACACACUCAGUUAAUCGCAGGUGACGAAGUCGAACGUAACUACACCACUUUGCCAUUCUGCCACUACGAGUCAGCAAUAGCGUCGCAGCAGCUCUCUUUUUUGUAUUGUGACCUCAUCUCUUUUUCACAUUGAUUCCCCCCCCAGAAUUCGCCUUCAGAGUUUGCGCAAGCCGCUCCCGAAAACCCACCGCCCAGGUUGCAGUGAGGCCCUGCAAGUUUUGAUUGACAUCAUCAAUGGCUUCGGCGGGCGACUCCCGAGGUGAGUCGAAGUCACCCAAGCAAUCCAACAAUUCCCCGCCACCUCAACUAGAAUCGCAAGCAUCCGAACCAAAGCAAACCGACGUCACCCUGAAACCCGAAUCAUCGUCAACUAAUGCGGAACCGACCAAACCGCUCGCCCCCCCUCCCCGUCCCGGCCAGCAACAAGGCGGCAACACGCCUGAUUACUUCGCAAGCCAGCUCGGCGGCUCAUUAAGUCUGGAGCCAAACCCCUUCGAACAGUCCUUUGGUGCUCCUACCCCAGAGACCCCCGGCGGCACCAAGCUCCCUUCGGUCGCCGCCCUGACGUCGCCAUCGUCGCUCCUUCCCGGAAGCGGCGUGACACCCUUUGCGUGGGGAGGAGGCUCGCUCCGGACGGGGCCUCUCAGCCCGGCCAUGUUGUCGGGUCCGACCAAUGACUACUUCGGCGACACCCACCACAUGCGUGGCGGUUUCCCUACGCCGAACGAGUCGUCGAUGAGGACAGGCCUUACCCCCGGUGGAGGCGGAUCCAUGUUCCCUGCACCGAGUCCCAACUCGCAGGCCCUCUUCGCCCAGCUAGCAAGUAAUGGCGCGACCCCGGGGACACUCGAUUUCCAUCGGACCGCCAUGAAUGCUGCUGCUGUCAAGCGCGACCAACAGUCUCAAGCACAGCAGCCGUCAGUGACCUCUCAACCCCAAGACAUGCCCAACGGUGUCGCGCCCGCCAAACCCGAGGCCAAGGCGCCCGCGGGCCAUUUCGAUCCUCACGACAACGACGCCGCGAACGGUCUUUUCUUGUUGGCGCAAGGCCGCAAUAAUGCCCAAUCGCAAACACAGUACACGAUGGCGCCCCAACAACAGCUCCAUGCGCAACCUGUUGCCGUCCCGGCACCCCAAGCCAACAUGUCGCCGCAGAUGGCAAACGGCAACCCGUCCCUUGCGGGAAGCUCAGCCCGCGGCGCCAGCGAGAGCGGGAGUGCGGGCUCGGACGAGAGCCAGCAAGCGCGUCCCAACACUCGUGGCAAGGGAAAGCGAAAUUCCACCGCGGGGACUGCGACGACAAAUGGCCGACGGAAGGCCGAUGAUGCACCGGCUAAGGGCCCUGCAAAUAAGAAGGCCAAGACCAACGGUGCCAACGCCCCUCCGUCCGCUAAUAGUAUGGACUUUGAUCACUCGGAUGACGAUGACGACGACGACGACGACGGGAACAAACACGAUGAGGGUGGUUCUAAGAGUAAGAUGACCGACGAAGAGAAGCGGAAGAAUUUCCUCGAGCGUAACAGGUAAGAAAGCCGUCCUGGGUUCCGGGAUAAAUAGGUACACGGCUGCUGACGUUUUGCCAACACCAGGGUCGCUGCGCUGAAAUGCCGCCAACGUAAAAAACAGUGGCUUGCAAACCUUCAGUCGAAGGUGGAGCUGUUCAGCACGGAGAACGAUGCCUUGACCGCUCAGAUCACCCAGCUUCGGGAAGAGGUCGUCAACCUGAAGACACUCCUCCUGGCUCAUAAGGACUGCCCAGUCACGCAGCAACAGGGACUACACGGAGCCUUCAUGCAGCAGCCCAUGGAGGCCUUCAAUCCUCAGAUGAACCCUUACGGAAUGGCCGCACCGCUUGCCAACCAGCAGGUCAUGGCUGGACAAGGAGUUCAGCGACGAUUCUCAUAGGACCACUGUCCGCCACCACGAUACGACUCGAUGAUAG